GCGCGCGCGCCGCUCCGCCGCGUCCCGGGGAGACCCAGCAGCGCAGCUCCGGGCUCCGAGCCGGGGAGAUGGAGCCGGCAGCCGCUGGGAAAGGCUCGUCCGCGGGCGGCCAAGCGGCCGGCGGGGCGCAGGAGGCCGGGACGCCGCAGCGCUGGGAGGAAGCCAGGACUUUCUAUGACAGCCUGACCCCUAAAAAGAAACCCAAACCACCAAAGCCUGAGAAUGCAAUAACAAUUGCAGUCUCCUCACUGGCUCUGUUCCGCAUGGAGGAAGAGCAGAAGAUUUACACAGAGCAAGGGGUGGAGGCAUAUGUGAAAUACCAGCUGGACCAUGAGAAUGAACCCUUCCUACCCGGCGCUGCCUUCCCAUUUGUCAAGGCCCUUGAAGCUGUCAACACUCAGUUGCGAGAGCUCUACCCCGACAGUGAAGAACUCUUUGAUAUUGUCCUCAUGACCAAUAACCACGCCCAGGUUGGGGUCCGCCUGAUCAACAGCAUCAAUCAUCACAAUCUGUUCAUCGAGAGGUUCUGCAUGACGGGAGGGAACAGCCCCACUUGCUACCUGAAGGCCUAUCACACCAACCUGUACCUCUCCUCUGAUGCCGAGAAAGUGAGUGAGGCCAUAGAAGAGGGAAUCGCUGCGGCCACCAUGUUCAGCCCCAGCAAAGACGUGAAAGUGUCGGAGAACCAGCUGCGGGUGGCAUUCGACGGGGACGCCGUCCUCUUCUCGGACGAGUCGGAGCAGAUUGUGAAGGCGCACGGCCUCGACAUGUUCUUUGAACACGAAAAGGCUUACGAGAACAAGCCACUGGCCCAGGGGCCGCUGAAAGGCUUUCUGGAAUCUCUGGGGAAGCUGCAGAAGAAGUUCUACUCCAAGGGUCUGAGACUGGAGUGUCCAAUUCGCACCUACCUGGUCACUGCCCGGAGCGCUGCCAGCUCUGGGGCUCGUGCCCUAAAGACUCUCCGCAGCUGGGGACUAGAAACUGACGAAGCCUUGUUCCUGGCCGGGGCCCCCAAGGGGCCGCUGCUGGAGAAGAUCCGUCCGCACAUCUUCUUCGACGACCAGAUGUUCCACGUGGAGGGGGCAAAGGAGAGUGGCACCAUCGCAGCCCAUGUCCCAUACGGCAUAGCACAGAAGCAGAGGCGGAUGACGCAAGAGAAACAAACCAAGAACAGCAAGUAGCAUUUCUGGUGGUGACUGCAGGUGCUCACUGGUUGGGUAGCUACCAAACCAUCCCUGACCAGGGCACCAGGCAUGGAUUGAUAUCCAAGUCUGCAGGGGCUGAGCGUCUUUGUUGAUUAGUAUUGAAGCUGCAGGUGCCUUGUCUGGGUGGGAUGAAGGAAAGGUUUCCUUUUGCCUGUGUGUGUUGCACUUUAUUGACUGUCUCUGACCCUCCAGCCCCGUUUCACCCUCCAUAUCCCCUGCAUAAAGGUAGGAAGGGUCAACCAAGGCCUAAACCCACCUCUGCUACCUUUGCUCCUGCAUCUCAGCAUCAGCCAUUGCUGACUUGUGCCACAUUAGCUGUCACCUCAUCUCCACACCUGACUAAAAACCCUCAUGCCUAAGCCCAGCAACAGUCAUUCUGAUCCUGCUAUGCCUCCUCUGUGUUUCCAGGGCCCAUAAAAACCCAGAGGUUCUCACGCUUAAGUUCUGCACCAGAUGUUGACCACAAAGCUUGGAGAACUUAAACCAAAACCCAGCCAGACUUGAUAAGUCUACAGGAGGGGGGACUUUGCAUUGGACAGGAUCUGUGAGAACAGGGCUCCCCUUCUGUGGAUCUUAUAUUCCAAUCCAAUUUAAAUUUUUGGUGCUUAUUUAAAAAAAAAAACCAGGGAAAUUCCCAGUCCAAGAGCUUUGAUGUAUUAAAAGAAAGAAGUCAAGGCUGACUCAUAGACUCAUAGACUCUAGGACUGGAAGGGACCUCGAGAGGUCAUCGAGUCCAGUCCCCUGCCCUCAUGGGACUGGACUCAUGCCCUGACAAUGUGUUUCAGUGGAAUCCAUCUUACAUGCAGGAACAAUGAUACACUAUUGUUACAAAACGUUUACGGUUUUAAAUUUUAAACAGACUGGAAAUGAGGUUAAGGGAUGCAGCCAAUUUCCCACCACUGUUGCUGCACCCACCCAACCUUCAGUUUAUCCACUAAUGUUUGAGAAAACAAAGACUGGUCAAACUCUAGAUAGGAAAAUCUCAAGCCCUAUUUCCUAGUCAGUGUUUUGGGCCAAUAUGUUAUGGCCCAAAUUUGGGUGCUACUAUUAGAUACCUAAAUCCAUAAUUGACACCUGGGGAAAAAAGGCAUCUCAAGCUGAGCCUCUGAAAAUUGAGCCACAUAAAAUCAGAAGCCAUUUUUCAAAAUGUGGCUUCCUGACCUCUGGACCCAAGCUGAGAAUAUGUGUAAGUUGAAAGACAGUCCUAACCUAUGGUCGGGGGGUGGGGGGUGGGGAGAGACAGACAUUUGCUUGAAAUCGACAAUUACAUCAGCUGAGAAUUUGAGCCUGAGUCUUUUGUUAACCAUAGCAAAAUUCAAGUUUCAUUCAAACCGAGGCCACUGUGCAACUGAUCAUCCUUCUCCUGGUACUUUCCUAAAAGCUGUGGUUUCUCCUGAAGUAGAAAGAUGCUGCUAACACAGUGGAAAAGAAUUAAAUCCCCAAUUCUGAAAGGUUUCAGAGGGGUAGCCAUGUUAGUUUGAUGAAAUGGGUUCUAGUCCACAAAAGCUUAUUCCCAAAUACAUUUGUUAGUCUCCAAGGUGCCACAAGGCCUCCUUGUUGUUUUUGCCAGUUCAGAAAGGAAUCAGUCAGAGAGCUAUUCGGAAAGCAGUGUAUGGAAUUCACUCAACAACAUUCUUACGUGAAGGUGCAGAUUGGAGGACCGAUAGAAGGUUAAAGAUCAUUUUAAAAAAUACUCCUUCCCUGUGGUGGCGUUUUGGUAGCACAAGAAGCAAUGCCCAUAGUUAAGAUUGCCUGGCACACACCAUUAUCAGACAAUGUUUUAAAUUGCUUAUAAUUUUACCAAAUUUGGACCUUUCAUUUGGGCUGAAAUUUUCCACAUGAGGUGACUGCCUCUGGCUGACUUUUUUUUGCACAUUUUCAGUUAAAAUGGUUUGACCAUUUCCAAGGAUGAGAUUAGGGCUCGGGUUAUUAUAUAUUGACUGAAAUAACAUUAACAAUCAACCAUACACUUCACCACUUAUCCUGUUGGUUUGCUCCUUGCACUAAAUCUUUCUUGGACAAUGAAA